AUGCAAUUAUUCGUUAAAACACUUACAGGUAGAACAAUCACAUUGGAUGUUGAGUCCAAUGACUCGAUUGAGAAUGUUAAACAGAAAAUCACAGAUAAGGAAGGCAUUCCAGCUGAUCAACAACGUUUGAUUUAUGCUGGAAAACAAUUAGAGGAUGGAAGAACUUUAUCGGAUUACAAUGUACAAAAGGAUGCUACUCUUCACUUGGUGUUGAGAUUACGUGGUGGUAUGCAACUCUUUGUGAGAACUUUAACUGGAAAAACAAUCACUUUGGAGGCAGAGAUGAAUGACACUAUUGAGAGUGUAAAGAGUAAGAUUUUUGAAAAGGAUGGUAUUCCUUCGGAUCAGCAAAGAAUUAUCUUUGCUGGUAAGCAAUUGGAGGAUGGAAGAACUUUGAGCGACUACAACAUUCAAAAGGAUUCCACUCUACACUUGGUUUUGAGACUCAGAGGUGGAAUGCAAUUAUUCGUCAAGACUUUAACAGGAAAGACAAUCACGAUUGAAGCAGAGUCCAAUGAUACCAUUGAGAAUGUGAAGAGAAAGAUUUGUGAUAAGGAAGGUAUUCCAGCGAAUGUGAAGAGAAAGAUUUGUGAUAUCAACAGCGCUUAA